AGAUUGAGUUUCUCACCAAAAAAAAAACUCCCUCUCCAUCCAAACCGUCCUCAAAAACCUUCUCCAGGCACAGGUCGGUGCGUCUGCUCCCAGGGCUGAAGCUGGCUCGUCGAAAAGCCCGGAGUGCUUGGCAUGAAAGGAGCCGCUCCGGGUCUCUGUAGAGCGGAGGCCAUUAUCAGGGGAUGGGGAAUCGACACGGGCUGUUCGAACACUGAUGAUAUUUCUUCCUAUUGGAGGUCGUGGAUAUAACGAACCUUAUCGAAUCCAUGAGGCUAUUUCCUGUCUUGCCUACAUGUGAUGCACAGUUUUCAGUAAUGGUGUUGAUGGAAGUCAGUCGAAGUUGACUACAACGAUGUAACUCCAGAGUUAUUGCAUAGGCUACCAUGUGGAGCGUUGUGCGCUUAUUUGCUCGUGCUUGAUCAAAAUGAAGGCACUUCUCAUUGCUGCUAUUCUCUUGGUUGGACUAUUGGCAAUGGGCAGCGAGGCCAUUCCAUCAAACCGCUGGUCCUGCUACAAGAAAGUCUUGAAGGACAGGGACUGUCGCAAUAUCGGCAUCACCAACGGAGUUGCGACCAUGCGACCCAUCGAUUCCCUGCAGAACCAUUUCUGGGAGGGGAACAAAUGCGACAUGGUGUGCUACUGUAACUUCAGUGAGCUUCUCUGCUGCCCAAGGGAUGUCUUCUUUGGACCCAAAAUCUCCUUUAUAAUUCCAUGCAAACCCAUCUGAGCCAUCAGUCGUUUGAAUGGACAGUGAACACGGACGGUGCAAUCUUCUGAAUGGAAACAAUGAGAGAGUAAAUGGGGCCAAGGGUGAUGGGCCCAUCCAAUCCAGACUACAGGGUUACAUGCAUUUCAUUCUUCACUUCAAGACAGCUACACAACUACAGAUUCAGAAGGCUGGACCUAAAGCAAAAGCACAAGCUUUGAAGCUGGAAGAAAUGAGCCCCCCCUUUCACAAUACUUGGGCCUACAAAUAAAAUGCAUUAUUUUCAGUUUCAAAUACAGCAGCUAGUAUAUUUAUUAUCUGUGAAGACAAUUCAAUAAAUGCAGCCUGUGUCCCUCCUUUGCCAAGGCUACAGUUCAACACUUGUAUAUCUGACUUGGCAGACCCUUACUUUGGCAUUCGCAAUGAUGUGACACUCCCCCAUUAUCUACGCCCAAACGUAAACAGAUCUCACUAUUUGGCAAUAGUAGUAGUUAUUGUACAUCUAAAACUAUUAUUCAAUAGUAAAUACUAUGCCAUUCAUGAGAGACAUUCCAUUUUAUAUUCAAGGCUAUUAAAUGCAGUAAAUGUCCGCAGGAUCAUAAAAUGUGAUGUUGUGAUUUACAUUUACAUUUUAGUCAUUUAGCAGCCGCUUUUAUCCAGGGCGACUUACAGUUAGUGAGUGCAUACAUU